UCGCGUGUUUGAAUGAACGAAGGAGCCCACGAGUACCUUCAGACUCAACUUGAGAAGAGUACGAUAAACGUCGACUAGUAUUUCUAUAACUUAGCAAAUUAAUCGAUACAUUGUUAUUAUUUAAUCCAACGUGUACGGUUACUGAUUGAGUUUUAGCACAGUAGCGAAAGAGUCCUGUAUAUGAUCAAAUAUGUCCGAAGCACAAGACUUGAGAAAGCGCAGUAAGAAACGCUAUGGCGGCGGACACCGGAGUAAGAAGUACAAGGGUUCCCGGGAACUCGAGGUGGGCAUGCAAGGUAUUCUCAUCACCUGUAAUAUGAACGAGAGGAAAUGCACCGCGGAAGCCUUCAACCUUCUCAACGAAUACGCCGACCAACUCUACGGACCUGAGAAUUUUAAGGAACCCGAGGAGAGCAGUAGUGAGGAAGAGGAUGAUGAAGACGUGGAGGCAGCUCUGAAGAAGGAGGUGAAGCAGCUCAAAGCGUCGUCAGGGAAACGAGAGCGGCGCUUCCAGGCCAUGGACAGCGGGGCCAACAACGUCAUCUUCAUCAAGACCAAGAACCUCGACCCUGAUAAGCUGGUGCAUCACAUCCUGUCAGACCUCCACAUCACCAAGAAGAACAAGUCACGAGUCAUCCUCAGAAUGCUGCCGGUGAGUGGGACGUGCAAGGCGUUCCAGGAGGACAUGGAUAAGUACCUGAGUGAAUUCUUAGAGCCGUGGUUUAAAGCCCCCAACCAGGGCAGCUACCAGAUCGCCUUCAAGUCCCGGAACAGCUCCCACAACAAGAGGGACGACAUCAUCAAGGCCCUGGCAGGCCUGGUGGGGAAGAUGAACCCUAAAAACAAGGUUGACCUGACCACCCCUGAGCUCACCAUCAUCGUCGAGGUCAUUAAGAGUGUGUGCUGCGUCAGCGUCGUCAGGGACUACACUCUAUACAGGAAGUACAACCUGCAGGAGGUCGCAAAGGAGGAGGGGCCUAAAGACGGGAAACAGGAAGAGGUCACCACAAACCAGGAAGAGAUCAAGUCGAACCAGGAAGAGAAGGGUGGGAAACAGGAAGAGAUCAAGUCGAACCAGGAAGGGAAGGAUGGGAAACAGGAAGAGAUCAAGUCAAACCAGGAAGGGAAGGAUGGGAAACAGGAAGAGAUCAAGUCGAACCAGGAAGGGAAGGGUGGGAAACAGGAAGAGAUCAAGUCGAACCAGGAAGAGAUCAAGUCGAACCAGGAAGAGAUCAAGUCGAACCAGGAAGAGAAGGAUGGGAAACAGGAAGAGGGAAAGGAUGCCCCAAAAACAGACAAGGAAGUGAAGGGGGAUGAAGAGGAGGAGAAGUAGAUCCCUGUACCAGGAGGGAGAGAAGAAGAGGGAGGGGAAUGAGGGAGGAAGUGAAAUGGGACUGAUAAACAACUCAAAGGCAUCUCACAGUGCAGGUGAUGCAGUCAAUGUGUUAGGUAGCUUUACUGUAGAACAGGUCCUAUUCCUAUUGUCCAUUCCAAAUGGAACCCUAAUUCCUACAUAGGCCUCUCAUCAAAAGUAGUGCACUAUGUGCCCUGGUCAAAAUGAGUGCACUAUGUAGGGAAUAGGGUACCAUUGGACCUGGUCAAAAGUAGUGCACUAUAAAGGGAAUAGGGUUCCAUUUGGGACGUAGCCAGUAUGUUAUUUCGUCCUUGUCCCUCCAGCUGUAUGGUGCGUAGUUAACUAGUGCCAGGGUUGGGGUCAUUUCCCUUUUCAAUUCCAGUCAAUUCAGAAAAUACACUGAAAUUACAUUUCAUUUCGAUGUGUUUCAAUUAGGAACCUUUUGGAAUUUGGGUUACUUUCUGAAUUGAAAGGGAAUUGACCCCAACCCUGACUAUGACAAAAUCCUUUGGUCCUCCAUUUUGUAUUGUCUCCAACAUGUCCUCCUCAUCGCUGACAGUCCCUUGGUCUCCUCUCCUUACCGUCACCGAGCACUCACUGAAAGCUGAUGGGUAAUUUUUUUUAAUUUCAUUAGAUUUUUAAAAAGAUACAUUUUUAUUUUUUAACAUAAGGUGUCAUACAUUUUUUUCAAAAUAUAAAUUCCCUCUUUAUUCAGGAAAUCCUGGUUGUAGGGUUCCGAGUUCCCUACUUAUUCCCUCUUUAUUCAGGAAAUCAUACAUCUGGGAUUUCUGUAAAGCCAGUCCCCUGAAUUUUUCAACCCUAGUCAGCCGACAGUCUUUCCUCUGUAAAUGAAUGUUAGAUAAGUUGACACAGUUCUUACAGGACUGGUUUCCCGGACCCAGAUGAAGCAUACUCAAGAACUCUAAAACACUCUUUUUCAUUGAGAAUCUCCUUUGAAAGUGCUUCUUAGUCCAGGGGCCGUUAUGUAUCAUGUGUCCCAGACUCGGAGUGCUGAUCUAGGAUCAGGUUCCCCCUGUCCAUAUAAUUGUAUUUGUUAUAAUCUUAAAAGACAAAACUGAUCCUAGAUCACCUCUGAGACCAUUGAUACGGCCCCAGGAAUGUAGCCCUGAUCUGAGUGCAGGACUCUCAUAUAUUGUCCGAUAAUGGAGGUAAACUGUAAUAUACCUUUUGUUUUGUAGAACAGAGUAAAACUUCCCAAAAAAAACAGCUCCUUGAAAUAAAGUGUGAUUUUUGUGUGUUUUUGUA